UCCACACAAAUAACAGCAGCCAUGGCCAAAAACUUGAUAGCCGCUCUUGUGUUAGCUCUGGUUGUGUGUGCCCUGGCAGACGAGCGUUACUACCACCCCAACCGCUGCGACUACGCCUGCCCCCUCAUCUACGACCCCGUGUGCGGCACCAACGGCGUCACCUACUCCAACACCUGCGUCUUAAACAGGACCAACUGCAACAGACCCCCCUGGCUGUGGGUCCGGGUCUGGUACCGUGGGGUCUGCAGGAGACAGGGGAUUCCAAUCCCAUACUAG